AGUCAGCAGGAGUUUUUUUUUUUGUGAUCAGAAAAACAUGUGGCUCUUGAGGAAGAAAAAAAAAUCAUCAGAUGAAACGAAGGAAAGGCCUGUCUCACCUGGACCCAGCUGUGUGUCCUUUCAGAGUGACCGCUCAAUGACAGAGCCUAUCCGUUUUACAGAUGGAGCAUCCUCUGUGGAAAGAACCCCAAAACAGGAACCAGAAAACAGCUGCAGAAAUUUGAUAGAGUCCGUAUUCCAGCUGGAGCACAAAGUCAUCACAUUGGUGAAGAAUGAACUGAACAAUUUAAAGAAGCUACUGAGUGCUGAUUACCCAGAAUGCUCUGAGAAGGAGGAGAAAGCGGAGGAGGAGGAUCUGGACCGUAUUAGAGAGAGUGUGCUGAAGAUCACACUGCGUAUCCUGAAGAACCUGAAGCAGAAAGAUCUCGCUCACCAACUGCAGAUCAAGCUGGCCUCUGUAUAUCAGCGAAAACUCAAAUCCAGACUUGGAGAUAAAUUUAAAAGGAUAAAUGAAGGAAUCUCCCAGCAUGGGACAUCAGUACUUCUGAAUCAGAUCUACACAGAGCUCUACAUCACAGAGGGCUGGAGUGAAGACAUCAGUGAUGAACAUGAGGUGAGACAGAUUGAGACAGUGUCCAGGAGACCAGUAACAGAGGAGAAACCCAUCAAAUGUAAUGAUCUCUUUAAAGACACGUCCAUCAGAAGUGUGCUGACUAAAGGAGUUGCUGGAAUUGGAAAAACUGUCUCUGUGCAGAAGUUCAUUCUGGACUGGACUGAAGGGAAAGUGAAUCAGGAUGUCACCUUCAUGUUUCCACUUCCCUUUAGAGAGCUGAAUCUGAUGAAGCAGCAAAACCUCAGUCUGAUGAAUCUUCUUCAUCAGUUUUUCCCUGAUAUUAAGGACCUAGAAGUAAUAGAGAGUGAUACCUACAAAAUCCUGUUGAUCUUCGAUGGUCUGGAUGAGUGUCGACUUCCUCUAGAUUUCCAGAACAAUAAGAGAUUGUGUGAUGUGACCGAGUCGGCCUCAGUGGAUGUGCUGUUGACGAACCUCAUCAAGGGGAAUCUGCUUCGCUCUGCUCUCCUCUGGAUAACCACUCGACCAGCAGCAGCCAAUCAGAUCCCUUCUGAGAGUGUAGACCAGGCAACAGAGAUACGAGGGUUCAGUGAUCCUCAGAAAGAGGAGUACUUCAGGAAGAAGAUCAGUGAUCGGAGCCUGGCCAAUAAAAUCAUCACACACAUGAAGUCUUCAAGAAGCCUCUACAUCAUGUGCCACAUCCCAGUCUUCUGCUGGAUCUCAGCCACUGUUCUCAAAAGAAUGUUAGGUGAAGCAGAGAGUGGAGAGAUCCCCAAGACUCUGACUCAAAUGUUCACACACUUCCUUAUCUUUCAGAUCAAACACAAGGAACAAAAGUACCAUGGAACAUAUGACCCUGAUUCUCAGCAGACCAGAGAGAGUAUCCUGGCACUGGGAAAACUGGCUUUCCAACAACUGGAGAAAGGAAACCUGAUCUUCUAUGAGGAAGACCUGAGAGAGUGUGGCAUUGGUGUUCGAGAAGUGGCAGUGUACUCAGGGGUGUGUACUCAGAUCUUCAGAAAAGAAUCAGGACUCUACCUGGGGAAAAUGUUCAGCUUUGUGCAUCUGAGCAUUCAGGAGUUUUUGGCUGGGUUGUAUGCAUUUCUCUGCUUUCUUGACAAAACUCCAACAAAAGAGCAAACUACUGCUCUGUCUGGUCUUUUCAACACAUCAGAAAUGUCUGACUUCCUCAAAGGUGCAGUGGACCAGGCCUUACAGAGUGACACCGGACACUUGGAUCUUUUCCUCCGCUUCCUUCUGGGCCUCUCAGUGGAGUCCAAUCAGAAGCUCAUUCGAGAUCUGCUGCCACACACAGGAAGCAGCUCUGACUGCCAGAAGGACAUAGUUGAGUACAUCAAGUUCAAGUUUGAACAAAAUCCAUCUCCAGAGAGAUUAAUAAACCUUUUCUACUGUCUGAAUGAGUUAAAUGAUGAUUCACUCGUGAAAGAGAUCCAAAGUUACAUGAGCUCAGGACGUCUCUCUGAAGCUGCACUCUCACCUGCUCAGUGGUCUGCUCUGGUCUUUGUGUUGCUGACAUCAGAUGAGGAUCUGGAAGUGUUUCAGCUACAGAAGUUCAUAAAGUCAGAUGAAUGCUUUAAGAGGCUGCUACCAGUCGUCCAGCAAGCCACAACAGUUCUGUAA